AUGGACAACCGCGGCAUCACCCCCAACAACACCUUCUCGCAACACCACAAGACGAACGUGAAGCGCGAGAUCGUCGACUUGGCUAAGUCUUGGCCGCUCUACUUCGCCGCCAUAUUCCCUGUUACGGGUUCGCGCAAGGCCGGCGACGUGGAGCUGGUGGCCGUGUCCCACUCGGGCGUCCGGCUGCUCCGCCGCGACCACAACCACCUCUCGGUUCUCAACUCGUACAGCCUGGAGGAGGUGGAGGAGGCCGAGUGUCCCCGCGCGGGCUCGCUUCGCCUGACGGUGUCCGGGGGCGGCCUCAUCGUGCUGUACACCCCGAGGGCGCGACAGAUCGCCGCCAUCCUCAACAAGUACACAGCCUCGGCGCCG